AUGACGAGCGGCGAUCAGCAUUCUGGUGAGGGAACGAACUGCCGCACGAUCGGAUGGCGGCGUGCUACCACUGAACUCAUGGAGGGGCGCAGCAUCGGAUAUCCGACGGACACUGUGUGGGGCAUCGGUUGUUUGGCGGACGAAGAAGCAUUUGUCCGCAAGUGCUUAGAGCACAAAGGCGGGGGUCGUAGUCCGAUCUGCUCGGUGCUGCUGUGCGAUCUUGGCCAAAUUGAGACCUAUACCCUAUGGUCUUCCUUGCCGACGAAAGUUCACGACGCGGUGAUCUCCGCACUCCCCGGUCGUUACACCUUCGUGUUGCCCGUUGCGGAAGGAAGUGGGCUGAAGCACGUCUGUGGUCCCGGACCGUCGCUCGGGGUUCGCGUGAUCGACGCGCCCGAAAUGCAAGAGACCUUGGGCUUUAUGCGGCGACCCCUUUUGACUACCAGUCUGAACUUGACGAAGGAGCCGGCCGCGACGACACUGGAAGAAGCGCAGCGCGUCUGUGCCAAGAUGGGCAUCCCGUGUGUCGAUCCGGACCUCGUCGAGGAUAGCACUGAACUGCUUCUCACCACAACGGAGCGCGCGCAGUUGGCCGCGCUGCAGAAAUAUAUCGCGCAAGAAGAGAACAAGGAUCCUCUGGAUUUUCCCGUCAAGGACUGCUUCGCUGCUGCAGGCGGCGCCUUUUCGCUCGAAACACUUUUGAAGACUAUCGCAGCUGUCCUACGGUACGACAAACUGGUUUCCGGCCCGUGCGGGGACGAAGGCCCCACGAUCACUGCUGCGUCCGAACACCUCUCUGCCUGCGCAGCUGGUACGGCUUCGGAUUCGACUACCGAAGCAGCCCAACAUCGACGCGACAUCCGCUGUUUGCUUGAACCACUGUUGGCUGCUCUGGAGAGGGCAGGGAGCCCUGAUUGCUCUUCGGAUGCAGAGCAAGAUGAAGAAGAUGAUGGUGCAGACAAUCACGUUGCUAAUGGUGUCGAACAUGCAAGCAAGCGCUUGAAGACCGAGGAUCAUACUUCUACUGAACCACAUCAACAAGAAGAUCAAGAUCAGACACAGAAGGAAACGAAAUUGACGACCGUAGGCCAAAGCUCAACCACUCUAAAAUGGGAUGUCGAAAAGGACAAGUUUGUCAUCCUGCGGAUGGGAAGUGGAGCGCUGACCAAGGAGAUCCUCGCUGCCGGUGUCGAAGGUCAUGAAGCUGCUCAUGGUGGUGCGUAA